AUGGAAACUGCACGCGAGGAAACAUACUUGAUAACUGGAGGGUGUGGAUACUUUGGCUAUCGCCUGGCAGCCGACCUGUAUAAAAACGGGGCCAAAAUCAUCCUGUUUGACGUCAUACCGCCGAAGGAAGACAUGCCAGAUGGAAUUACGUUUGUCCAAGGAGAUAUCUGCAACUACACAGAGGUGGUGAGCGCCGUUUUCGGUGUGCACUGUGUGUUCCACGUGGCGUCGUACGGCAUGUCUGGACGGGAGCAGCUGAAACGAUCUCGAAUUGAGGCAGUGAACGUGGAUGGCACCCGUAACGUUAUAGAGGCGUGCGUCGAGUGCGGCGUACCGAGGCUGGUUUACACCAGCACUUUCAAUGUGGUUUUUGGGGGUCAGGAAAUAAAAAAUGGAGACGAAAGCCUGCCGUAUCUGCCUCUCGAUCUCCACCCGGACCAUUAUUCCCGAACUAAGUCUAUUGCGGAGGUGGCUGUCCUUAAAGCAAAUGGAACGGCGCUGAAGAACAAAUCCGGGGUACUGAGAACUUGUGCCCUGCGUCCGGCUGGAAUUUAUGGGCCUGGCGAGCAGAGGCACCUCCCUCGAAUUGUGAACUACAUUGAAAAGGGAAUCUUUAGGUUUGUCUAUGGUAAAGCCAGCAGUUUGGUGGAAUUCGUCCACGUGGACAAUCUGGUAUUGGCACAUGUGCUCAGUGCCGUUGCACUGACUGCACAGGGGCGUCACCACGCCGCUGGCCAGGCCUACUUCAUCUCCGACAGUCGUCCCGUCAACAAUUUUGAGUUCUUCAGACCCCUAGUGGAAGGUUUGGGGUACCCUUUCCCGACACUGCGCCUUCCCAUCACCCUGGUUUACUUCGCUGCCUUCCUAAUUGAGAUCAUCCACCGCUUUGUUGCACCAUUCUAUGAUUUCCAGCCGCUUCUGACACGCACAGAGGUCUACAAAACAGGGGUGACGCACUACUUCAGUAUGGCCAAGGCCGAGGCCCAGCUCGGGUACCGACCCAAGGAGUACGACCUGGACCAAGUGGUUCAUUGGUUUCGGAGCAGGGGACACGGGCGGAAACGGCAAAACUCCAGCAUCGGUCGACUGGUGGUGAACCUUAUUAUUGUUGCUGCUUUUAUGGUCGCGGUGCUGUCAUUUUUACCAGUUGUCGGUAGCUGA